GACGUCAGGUUGUCAUUGCUCGAGCUGCUGCCUGGAGACGGGAGGCCGGAGGGAGCCUGAGGGGGAAGAUAAGAAAAACUCUAUGGAGCAGGAACAUGACAAGAGCAAACCACGGUCAAAGAGGCCAGACAAAGCUCUGUACGUUCCCAGAGCUCGACGGCAUCUGAGCGUGGAGCAGCAGCUCGAUUGUGGUCCCAAACAAGAGGGAGAAGUCCGAAAGGUGCUCACAAACACGAUAAAUGCGGUAGAAAAGAGUGAAGCAAGUGCUGUUCUAAAGGUAUCUUCUUGCAAUGGCUUGAGAGUCCCCCAUGAGCAGAUGCGUGCAGAAACCAACUUGCCUCAACAGGAAGAAAGCAAAGGAGAGUGCAACAACAAAGAUUUUAAAAAGAGGCAAGCCAUGAACUCUGUACGAGGGAGGAGAUCAGGUGAAGGAACCAGAUCGGAAUCAAAGCACUUAAAAGGAAAGAAGGUGACCCAGCAAAAAUGUAGAGCAGGAUCAAACAGUAGUAAAUUGCACAGUAGAGAGAAAGAACUGAUGCAUAAAGAGGCAAUGUCAGAAAAAUGUAAUAAUAUUGAUGUAGCAGCAAACGGUUUACUUCAAGUUACCAGUUCAAUGGCUGAGAGUAAUGCGGAAGGAAUGAAAUCCAGUUACACAGAAAUCCCAGCCCCUGCUCAACAGAUUACAGCAAAUACAUCUGAUGGUGAACAGUCAGAACACGGAAAUAACAACAGUCCCAAUGAUGUAGAUUCAAUAGCAAGAGAACUUGAGACUGAUGUAAACAAAUUUCUACAUCCAAAUGCUGCCUCUCUCUUGAACAGAAGUUGUGAUUCUGACUAUUUUCUUAAGACAAAUGAACUGGUAUCUUCUAAAUUAACCAUCUGCAAAUGCUCAGAUUCUGUGAAACAUACUGUAUUAGAAUGCUCAAAAGGUGUAAAUGAGGCACAGCAGAUGGAAAGAAGCAGUAGACAAUAUUCAUGCACUGAAGCAGCUGAAGUAAACAGUUCUUACAAGACCGUUGCUGUGAACAAUGCAACAGAGCAUGAAACUAGGAUAGAUAAUGACUCUUUCUCACAGGGAACUGAGAGUACAUUUCUAAGGGAGAUCAGCGUUACUCCACCCAACACUUCAUUUGGAAAUGUACCAUGCUCAGAUUUCCCAAGUUCCACGUUUGUUGCCCUUACAGCCAUGCAAGAAGUGCAGCGAGAAACUAAAGAGACUGGGCCCUUAAAAGAAGAAAGCAACAUUACAGUGGACCUGACAGAAAAUAAACCUGUCAGCACAGAGGGGGAUGCUGAAAUUGGUGGUGUUUUGCAAAGUGUUAACCAAAUCUCACUGGAUUUGGGCCAACUAACCACUGACACAGAAGAUUCUGAGUGUGUUGAAACACCAAUUCCUGAAGAAACUGAGGAUGACUCUUGGGAUGCCCUUUUCAAUGAUGAUGGAGAUUGCUUAGACCCUCAUCUCCUAGAAGAGCUAACCGUGGAUAACAAGCCUAAGAAGAAUAUUCAGGAUCCUUGCUUCAACUAUUACAACUACCAGCCAGCAGAGCCAGACAUAGAUGAUUCCGAAUUUUCACACAUUGUCGAGAUUUAUGAUUUUCCUGCAGGAUUUAAGACUGAAGAUUUGCUGCGAGCUUUCUCCAGUUAUCAGAAGAAAGGAUUCGAUAUCAAAUGGGUGGAUGACACACAUGCUUUAGGCUUGUUUUCAAGUGCAUUUGCAGCACGUGACGCGAUCAGUACCAAGCAUCCCAUGCUGAAGACUCGACCUUUGUCACAAGCAUCUAGAUCAUCGAAGGUUAAGGCUAGAAGCUGUGCAGAAUUUCUCCUACCUGCAAAGGAACGCCCUCAGACAAGUGCCAUGCUUGCUAGAAGACUGGUCAUUGGAGCACUAGGCGUAAGAAGCAAUCAAACCAAAGCAGAACAAGAGGCUGAGCGUAAAAAGCUGAAGGAUGCUAAGAAGCAGAAGCAGCUUGCAGCACAGCAAAUAGAAGACGCUUGGGAAGGAAGGUAGCGCAAGAGAGCAGAGAGACAUGCACUGAAGCGGACAACAGAAACCAACAGUGUUUUCCGCACGCUGACCUCCUCAGUGUGAAAGUGCCUCAGUCUGUAGCACUGGAGAGGGAUUGAACACAACGUGUGCUCUAAGACACACACAGCUUGUGUUGCAUUAUCUGCACAUGAGAGAGGCUGAGAAGACCCAGGAGAGAGAAUCACCCAGUAUAUAUAAUACAAAAUGAACUUGUAAAACUGCAAGAUGUGUGCAUUUAUUGGUGAAGUCACUGUCCUGCCUUUGUAUUGAAGAUGCUUUUAAAUCU